AUGGAGCCCUUACCGAAUCCUAAAAAUGAUAGACAAGUGAAGGAUGUAGAACCCCCACCAGCUAAGCCACUCAGCAUAGAGAUCCUGUACCCGAACGGGACGGACGAGCCCCCAGACUACAAGGCACUACGGGAUCACCUGAGAAAAGAAGGGAGGAUCAGGAAAGAAGACUGUCUAGAUAUAAUAAAAAAAGUAAUUGAUAUUGUCAGCAAUGAACCUAAUCUUUUGAGAUUACAAGAUCCUAUAACAAUCGUGGGGGAUAUACACGGGCAAUAUUAUGAUUUGCUAAAGUUGUUAGAGAUAGGAGGAAAUCCAGAUACAACACAGUUUUUAUUUUUAGGUGAUUAUGUAGAUAGAGGUUCCUUCAGCAUAGAAGUAUUGCUACUUCUCUACGCAUUGAAAAUAAAUUUUCCAAAAAAAAUAUGGCUCAUACGUGGAAAUCAUGAGUGUAGACAAAUGACAUCUUUUUUUAAUUUCCGUGAUGAAUGUGAAUAUAAAUAUGAUAUGGUUGUUUAUUAUGCAUUUAUGGAAUCAUUUGAUACAAUUCCAUUAUCAGCUGUCAUAAAUGGAAAAUUUUUAGCUGUUCAUGGUGGGUUAUCUCCUCAGCUAGUACUUCUAAAUCAGAUAUGUUCAUUCACUCGUUUUCAAGAACCUCCAAGAACAGGUAUAUUUUGUGAUAUUCUAUGGUCUGAUCCCAUAGAUGAAGAUAAAGAAGAACACACAAUACAAACAGAAUCAUAUUUUCCAAAUGAUGUACGUGGAUGCAGCUAUUUUUUUGGAUACAAUGCAGCAACUACAUUUUUAGAAAAAAAUGGACUUUUAUCUAUUAUACGUGCACAUGAAGCACAAUUAGAAGGAUACAAAAUGCAUCAGACAAAUUUAAAAACAGGAUUUCCAAUUGUUAUAACUAUAUUUUCUGCACCAAACUAUUGUGAUGUUUAUAAUAACAAAGGUGCUGUUCUAAAAUUCGAUAGUAACACGUUAAACAUUCAACAGUUUAAUUUUUCUCCACAUCCAUAUCAUCUCCCAAAUUUCAUGAACUUAUUUACCUGGUCAGUACCAUUUGUAAGUGAAAAAGUUACAGAAAUGUUAUAUUCAAUUCUUAGUUCGAGUAUAAAUGAAUCCGAUGAGGGAGUUAAAGACAUUGUUCUACCAGGAGAGGUCUUACAGAUACUUGAUUACAUUGAAGAAAAUAAUAAAAAAUUGGAAGAAUUUAAUUUGAAGAAUACAUCUGUGGAUGAUAACAAUCUUGAACCAUUUUCUUCACCUACGAGAGAGGCUCUUCUCACAGAUGGAUCCUUCAGAGAUGUUUCCUUUACUAACGACACAAACAAAGAAAUGAAUCAAGCAACACCACAUAGUACACUUACAAAUGAUGUACCAAAAUCGGAUAAUAACCAAAGUAGACAAACUCAGAAUCUUCUCGAUACCAAUGAUGAACAAGCAUCUAAAGACAGAUCAGAUGCACUCAGGAAAAAGGUUCAAUCAAUUGGAAGACUCAUGCGUGUUUUCAGAACUCUCAGAAAAGAAAAUGAAUUGAUUGUUCAACUUAAGGGUUGUAGCCCUGGUUAUAGAAUUCCCGUGGGUCUUCUCCUCCAGGGAAAAGAGGGGUUGGAAAAUGAACUUGAGAAGUUUACUAAGGUCAAGCAAAUAGACAGCAUAAAUGAGAAGCGACCUCCGAAUGAGUAG